AUGAAUGGUGGAGAUGUUGGGAGGUGCGCGCGCACCCUGCCAAGCGGAACCGCGGGAAGGCCAACUAUUGGAGCUUAUAUUCAGUUAGUAAGAGCUCUCUCUCAUAUAUUUGGCAACAAUAUUGAUAAUAUUGACAAUGAUAAUAAUACUGAUAAUGUUGGCAAUGAUAAUAUUGAUAAUAUUGGCAAUGAUAAUAUUGAUAAUAUUGGCAAUGAUAAUAUUGAUAAUAUUGGCAAUGAUAAUAAUAGUGAUAAUAUUGGCAUUGAUAAUAUUGAUAAUAUUGGCAAUGCUAAUAUUGAUAAUAUUGACAAUGAUAAUAUUGGCAAUACUAAUAUUGGUAAUAUUGGCAGUGAUAAUAAUACUGAUAAUAUAGGCAGUGAUAAUAAUACUGAUAAUAUAGACAGUGAUAAUAAUACUGAUAAUAUAGACAGUGAUAAUAAUACUGAUCAUAUAGGCAGUGAUAAUAUUG